AUCUAGACGAAGAUGUAGAUAGUAUCACUGACCCAGGAGAGAGCUCCAACCCAGGUUCAGACAGUGAGCCCAGUUCCACAGCAUCAGGAAACCAUAAACAACACGGACGGAGGAACUCAAGACAGAAACAUCACCACUGCAUGGACUGCUUCACUAGUUUCUAUGAGCCAGAGGAGUUGAGAAGACACACUUGUAGGCCCCACAGCUGUUCAGAUUGCAAAGGCAGUUUAAUUUGUCCAACUCACCUCAUACCACAUAAAAAGACCCUCAAGAGAAAGAAAACGUACCCGUGUGGUCAAUGUGGGAAGAGAUUUCAGACACCAAGCAGCUUGAAGACGCACCAGCUUACUCACACAGGAAAGAAGUCGUACCACUGCUCCCAGUGUAGGAAGACUUUCAGUUGUUCGUUCAAUUUGAAGAGGCAUCAGAGAAUACAUACAGGAGAGAAGCCUUUCCACUGCUUCCAAUGUGGGAAGAGCUUCCGUAUGGAAGGACAGCUAAACGAACACAAGAGAAUACACACAGGAGAGAAGCCGUACCACUGCUUUCAGUGUGGGAAGAGCUUUGGUCGGGCAGGAGCUCUAAAGGCACACCAGCUAAUUCACACAGGAGAGAAGCCGUACCACUGCUCUCAGUGUGGGAAGACCUUCAGUCAGGCAGGACACCUGAAGACACACCAUAGAACUCACUCGGGAGAGAAGCCGUACCACUGCUCUGUUUGUGGGAUGAGUUUUCCUCUUUUACAGACCUUAAACAGACACCAGCUUACUCACACAAGAAAGAUGCCUUAUCACUGCUCCCAGUGUGACAAGAGCUUCAGUCAAACAGGAAGCCUGAGGGCACACCAGUUAACUCACACAGUAGAGAAGCCUUACCACUGCCUUCAAUGUGGAAAGAGUUUCAGUCAUUCAUCAAAUGUGACGGCCCACCAGUUAACUCACACAGGAGAGAAGAAUUACCACUGCCCUCAAUGUGGGAAGAGCUUCAGUCUGGCAAGAUACCUGAAAAAACAUUGUCGAACUCACACAGGAGAGAAGCCUUACCACUGCCCUCAAUGUGGGAAGAGUUUCCGUCAGUCAUCACAUCUGAGGGCACACCAGUUAACUCACACAGGAGCGAAGCCCUGUACCACUUCUCUCAGUGUGGGAAGAUCUUCAGGCAGACAGCAUACUUAAAGAGACACCAGCUAAACGUGGACACGUUUUUAGCCCGAUCUACAGGCUCCCGAUCAGAUCCCGGACCAUUUUUUUCCAAAUCGGAGUAAAUCCGGAGUAAAACCUAGCCCGGCAGCCCCGUAAAGUGUUAAUACGUACCUGAUUCCUGGUUGUUGGCUCUCGCUUUCUCCACUCUACAGGCUGUGGGGGCUGCCGCGGUAGGUU